AUGAACUGCGCAAGACCAAUCUUUGAUCAAUACUACAUUCCUAUUGUUCCCUGCAACCGCACCGAUGCUACUUUCUCUUCCUCACAACCAUAUGCUUAUGCGCUAGCUGCAGGCUACAAGCAGGUGAGAGAUCUUCCAUAUUCGUGCACCAUUGGCUCGACUGUUGUUACUCGCAGUUUCAUGGCUGUUUCAGAGCCCUGCAAUCUUUCAAGCUCAGAUUUGCAAGAAAAGCUGCUUAUGGGGCUCCAGCUUUCAUUUUUGAGCACCCGCUGCCUUGAAUGCACAGUGAAAGACAGCUGGGCUUCAGAAGUUGAAAUAUGUACUGCUGUCAGACGUGAAGAUGCUUUUGACCAAUCUGGGUAUUCUGGGACCAUUGCAAUUGUCAUAACAAUCAUUGGAGGACGCUUUCUACUUGGGAUAUCUUGUCUUUUGGGCUAUUUAAUCUACAAGUUUCAGCGGAGACAUUUAUCAUUAGAUGAUGAUAUUGAAGAGUUUCUUCAAAAUCACAAGAAUCUCCAACCCAUCAGGUACUCAUAUUUACAUUUAAAGAAAAUAACCAACAAUUUCAGGAAUAAGUUAGGCCAGGGAGGCUUUGGCUCUAUGUACAAAGGAAUACUUCAGAGUGGCCGCAUUGUAGCAGUAAAAGUAUUGGUCAUGUCAAAAGCCAAUGGACAAGAUUUUAUCAAUGAAAUUGCCACAAUUGGAAGGAUUCACCAUGUUAAUAUAGUACAACUUGUUGGAUUUUGCGUAGAAGGAUCAAAAUGGGCCCUUAUAUAUGACUUUAUGCCAAAUGGGUCACUUGAUAAGUUUAUCUUCCUUAAAGGAGAAAAACACAUUCCUUUAAGUUGGGACAGAUUGUACAAAAUUGCACUUGGAGUAGGGCGUGGGAUUGAAUACUUACAUCAAGGGUGUGACAUGCAAAUUCUGCAUUUUGAUAUCAAGCCACACAAUAUUCUUUUGGAUGAAGACUUUACACCAAAAGUUUCGGAUUUUGGCCUUGCAAAAUUGUAUUCAACAAAUGAAAGUGUUGUAUCUCUCACUGCAGCUCGAGGAACAUUAGGAUACAUUGCUCCAGAGUUGUUUUAUAAAAACUUUGGACAUGUGUCGUAUAAGGCUGAUGUUUAUAGUUUUGGAAUGUUGUUGAUGGAAAUGGUGGGAAAACAAAGACAUUUUAGUAGACAUCAAGAGCAAGAUCUAAGUGAAUUAUUCUUCUCGUCAUGGAUUUAUGACCGAAUUGAACAAGGAGAAGAUAUGAAAAUAGGAGAUGUCACAGAGGAUGAAAAGAAAUAUAUAUGGAAGAUGGUCAUAGUUGCAUUGUGGUGUGUGCAAAUGAAGCCCAUGGACCGUCCUUCUACGAGCAAAGCACUCGACAUGUUGGAUGGUGAUGUUGAACUAUUGCAACUACCUCCUAAACCUACCUUAUAUUCUCAUGAAAUAUCAGCUUUGGAUCGGGAGAACAAACCAAUGGGGGUUCAAAUUUCCUCACAUAAUGCAAGUAUUACAAUUAGCUUAGAUGGGAGAUAA